AUGGAUAUUUCCGAUGAUAAAUUAACUGACGAUAGUUCAUUUAACGCAGAUGAAAUAAAAAAAAAAAAAUAUGUAGAAAUUUUCUACGAAAAUGAGUGUGAUAUUUAUUCUCCUUGCAUAGAUGUAGAGGGUGUAUUAUGUGUUAUUUCAGAUAAGGGUGAUAUACUUAGAUAUAAAUUAGUAUAUCCAAAAAGGGAUGAAAAAAGUAACAAUUUAUCUGCGGCAUCUUCAUCAGAAGAAAUAGGAGAUGAUGAAGAUGAACACGAUAAGGAAUAUUUUGAUUCCAUUGAUGAGGAGAAAACUGUAAUGAGCAUAAGAAAUGAAAAGAAGAAUACCAAAUAUAUACAGGAAGAAAAAUAUUUUAACACUGAUAUUAUGACAGAAUGUUUGUGUGCGGACAAUGAUUAUAAUUUCUAUAUAUUUGAUCCUAUAACAAGGGGACUGAUGGUUAUAGACAAGGACAAAAAAAUUGAGUUAUACACUGAUGAGUACGAGGAUCAAAGCUUCAAAGGAAUAAGCCACUUAUUUUACGAUAAGAAGGGGAAUAUCUUAUAUGUAGUAGAUUCAGGUAAUAUCAACGAAGAGAAUAAAUGCAAUUUAUAUUAUAUAAAUAAAGAUAUUGAAACAAUGAUAUCGAUAGAUGUACAAAAUAUUUCUUAUGUUAAAAAUAUCUGUAUAUAUCAAAAGGAUAGGGUAAAUGAUAUAUAUGUUUGUUUGACAAAAGAAAAUAGAAUCUUAAGGUUAAUAAAAAAGGGGAACUCUUACAUUAAAACCGACUUUUUGUAUUUGAAUGGAGCUUAUUCUCCUUUGUUUAUAUGCACAGAUAAUACUAACUUCAUCCUUUUGCUAAAAGAUUUAAGUGAUUAUGAAAAAAGGGGAAAAAUAAUAGAAAUAAAUUCCAAUGCAGAAGUUAUUAAUUCCUUCUAUAUAGCCGGAAAUCAGUUCAAUGGUAUUUGUUAUGACAACAACAUGAAGAAAUAUUUUAUAGUAGAAAAAAAUAUUAUUUAUACAUAUUAA